AAACCUACUAGUAAUUGUUUAGCUAAAUGAUAAGGGUGAAAAAGCAGUACUGAUCCACGAGGGGAUAAGAAUUUGUAAAAAGAUGUCAAAUAAUGAAAGGCUGUUUGGCCACGUUUUCUUCAAUUUGGUGUUCGUUUUAAUGCCAAUACCGAACAGAAGAACUAUUUUGGGCACGCGGCUACAGACGUGAGAACUGAUUUUGGUUAUCAAGAAAAGUGGAAAAUGCCUAAAUAUAAUUUCUUAAAACAAGACGGUACAGAAAGGUGCUCAAAAACCACAGUCAUGAAAACGUAUUUUACCAAGAUUAUUUCCCAAGAGGCCCGGUAGUCCAGUGGUUAGCACGUCGGCUUCACAGUGCAGAGGUACCGGGUUCAAUUCCAGCUCCGGCCUCCCUGUGUGGAGUUUGCAUGUUCUCCCCGGGCCUGCGUGGGUUUUCUCCGGGUGCUCCGGUUUCCUCCCACAUUCCAAAAACAUGCAUGGCAGACUGAUUGAGCACUCUACAUUGUCCCUAGGUGUGAGUGUGAGCGUGGAUGGUUGUUCGUCUCUGUGUGCCCUGUGAUUGGCUGGCGACCAAUUCAGGGUGUCCCCCGCCUGCUGCCCGAAGACAGCUGGGAUAGGCUCCAGCACCCCCCGCGACCCUAGUGAGGAUCAAGCGGAUCGGAAGAUGAAUGAAUGAAUGAAUAUUUCCCAAGAAAUUGAAAUUGUUGUAGUUACAAGUGUGUGCCACAAGAUGGCGAGAUUUUACCGUGGGAGUGUCCGGUGAGCAUCUGUUCGUUGACUCUAAGCAACAGGCUGACCAAAACUGUACAUUAAGGUUUUGUUUUUUAUAAAGUGGGACUUAAAAGUGAGUACAAAAGCCUUGUUCCACGGUGUUACUAUUUCAUGCAACUGAUCACUUAGGGAAGGUUUCUCCUGACAUGUUAAAAAAAAGUGAGGGGUGGACCUGAAUGUGUGUGGAUAAUUUUUUUUUGGAGCGCGACAGUUUAAGUGUAGUUAAGGAUACACAAAUAUGUUGUAUGCGUGUUUUGUGUGUUGAAAGUGUUACUCUGCCACUCUGGGUGUAGUUUUCUGUGUGUGCGUGCCAGUGUAUUUGCAUGCGAGUAUGUUUGAGGAAGCGUGUGCGUCGCGUUGUUUUGUGAAUGGGUUUGAGUGGCUGCGUGCUCGUACGCGUGUUUGAGUUUAAAUGCGUUUGGCCCGUGUGAGUGAAGAGAGUGCGUUGUCUGCGCGCGCGCGUGUCCCAGUGAUGGGAGAGGAGGAGUCCAGUUUCCCCUCAACCGGGCGCGCCCCUCUCAAGCUUCCGAGGAUGUUCGACUUGGAGGAGGCACCUGCACCAUGAAGAGACGCUUGCCGGGAGGAGGCGGGGCCGCCAAAAAGUCCAACAACAACGAGCUCUUGCUCCUUCACGACGAGCCCUCGGAACCUCACGACAUCGUCGGCGCAGCUUCGGCUCGACUCUUCCAGAGGGAUGCGCGGGACUCGGUGGCACCGGAGUCUACCGCGCGAGGACGCCAAGCCGGCGGUAUGAUAUGCAACAAGAACGGAGACUGUCGAAGGGAGCCCACCAGCUCUGGGAGCCUGUCCUCACUCAUAUCCCGACAAGAGAAGCAAUCCGAUGGGGGAGUAGAAGCGGCCAAGGGCGGGAAGGCUGCGAGCAUGGAUGGCCCCGCGGGGGCAGAGGGACCCGGCGCCGAGGUCAAGAGCGCCGCGGGUUCGGAGAAGAAAGACUCCCGGGUGUCUUUCUCCCACGCGCCCGGCGGUAGAGGGCACACCUCGGCUCAGCUGUCCAGUAAGUCGUCCGCGAAGCCGGUGUCGGCGGAGGACGGCUCCUUGAUCACGGCCGACGCUGGCGAGUCCAACCGGAGCCAAACGUACAUGCAGCGGCAGUUCAGCUCCAUGUUGCAGCCCGGGGUCAACAAAUUCUCCCUGCGGAUGUUCGGCAGUCAGAAGGCGGUCGAGAAAGAGCAGGAGAGGGUCAAGUCGGCGGGCAACUGGAUCAUACAUCCGUACAGCGACUUCAGGUUCUACUGGGACUUCACCAUGCUGCUGUUCAUGGUGGGCAACCUCAUCAUCAUUCCCGUGGGGAUCACCUUCUUCAAGGAUGAAACCACCACGCCGUGGAUCAUCUUCAACGUGGUGUCCGACACCUUCUUUCUCAUGGACCUGGUGCUCAACUUCCGCACGGGCAUCGUGUUCGAGGACAACACCGAGAUCAUCCUGGAUCCAAACAAGAUCAAGAAGAAGUACCUGCAGAGCUGGUUCGUGGUGGACUUUGUCUCCUCCAUCCCGGUGGAUUACAUUUUCCUCAUCGUGGAGAAGGGCAUCGACUCUGAAGUGUACAAGACGGCGCGGGCGCUCCGUAUCGUGCGCUUCACCAAAAUCCUCAGCCUGCUGCGCCUGCUCCGGCUCUCUAGACUCAUCCGUUACAUCCACCAGUGGGAGGAGAUCUUCCACAUGACGUAUGACCUGGCCAGUGCCGUGAUGCGGAUAUUCAACCUGAUCGGCAUGAUGCUGCUGCUGUGUCACUGGGAUGGCUGCCUGCAGUUCCUGGUGCCCAUGCUGCAGGACUUUCCCUCCGAUUGCUGGGUUUCCCUCAACAAGAUGGUGAACGACACGUGGAGCGAGCUCUACUCCUUUGCCCUCUUCAAGGCCAUGAGUCACAUGUUGUGCAUCGGCUACGGACGCCAAGCCCCCGAGAGCAUGUCGGACAUUUGGCUCACCAUGCUCAGUAUGAUCGUAGGGGCCACUUGCUAUGCCAUGUUCAUCGGCCACGCUACUGCACUCAUCCAGUCUCUCGACUCGUCCAGGCGCCAGUACCAGGAGAAGUAUAAACAAGUGGAGCAGUACAUGUCGUUUCACAAGCUGCCGGCAGACUUCCGGCAGAAGAUCCACGACUACUACGAGCACAGAUACCAGGGCAAGAUGUUUGAUGAGGAGAGCAUCCUGGAGGAGCUUAAUGAGCCUCUCAGAGAGGAAAUUGUCAACUUCAACUGCCGUAAACUCGUGGCCUCCAUGCCGCUGUUCGCCAACGCCGACCCCAACUUCGUGACGGCCAUGCUGACCAAGCUGCGCUUCGAGGUCUUCCAGCCGGCCGACUACGUGGUGCGCGAGGGCACGAUCGGGAAAAAGAUGUACUUCAUCCAACACGGCGUGGUCACCGUCCUCACCAAAGGCAGCGUGGGCAUGAAGCUCGUCGACGGAUCCUAUUUUGGAGAGAUCUGUCUGCUGACCCGUGGUCGACGGACAGCCAGCGUGCGGUCGGACACGUACUGCCGCCUGUACUCGCUCUCUGUGGACAACUUCAACGAGGUCUUGGAGGAAUAUCCCAUGAUGAGGCGCGCCUUUGAGACGGUCGCCAUCGACAGGCUGGACAGGAUAGGCAAGAAGAAUUCCAUCCUGAUGCACAAAGUUCAGCACGACCUCAACUCCGGCGUGUUCAACAACCGCGAGAACGAGAUGAUCCAGGAGAUCGUCAAAUACGAUCGCGAGAUGGUUCAACAGGUGGAAGUGCCGCGACCGCAGCCCCCGUCCGUAACGCCGCCGCUGCGCACCGGGGUUUUUACUCCGCCGGGUUCCUCUCAACAGGCGCAAAGUUCCGCUGUCGCCACCUUGCAGCAGGCUGUAGCCAUGAGCCUUUGCCCACCCAUGCAAGGGAACUCGGUGGGGGCUGGGACAUUGCAGUCUCCCAGGAUGGUGUUGCAAAAUGUAUCCACCCCUGGCUCACCGUUGCAGUCACAGCUCCUUGCUUCAGGUGCCUUUCCGGCAGUCAUGUCCAGCCCCACUGUCCAGAGCCCCCGGUCAUUCCCUUACGGAUCCAGCAUGCUGGCUGGUCCCGCGACCGGCUCCCAACUGUCUUUGGUCCAGCAGCGACACAGCACGCAUAAGAGCACGCAUUCCUUGCCAAUGGGGAGUCUCAACCAAGACACCAGGGCUCUGUCGGCCUCUCAGCCCUUGUUGCCGCACGAGGGAAUGCACCCGGGAGCCUCGAGUCCACCCCCUUCCACGCGGGUCUCCUCCACUUCCAUCGGACCAGUUCAGACCCCGUCGGGUCACGCAGGUGUCUGCAGUGCGAUGCCGCAUCGGAUUGUGCUACCCCACCAGCUUUCAGUGGGGGCCUUCGGGACGGGAGGAGGUUUGGCUGUGGGAACACCCAGCGGGGACUUGAUACGACCCAAAAAGGACUCCAUCGCGAGCCUUCCAGAGGCGGAGCACAUCAAAGUACGAUCCCGGUUAUCCUCGAAUUUGUGAUCAUACCGAAAGCCUUUUUGGAGUUCACAUGAGGAAUAUGAGGAAACAGAGGUGCGCCAGCAGGACAGCGUGAAUGUAUGCAAUGACUGGCGGAAGUCGACUCUGAGACAGUAUGUAACUUUAGACACUUUUGCAUUGUGUUGUUUCUACUCACAGAUAUAAAACUAAAUGCACAGAAUGAUAGUGUAGCAUAAGCGCACCCACACACAUUUGCCUCCUUUGCGUAUGGUAAGUUCACAAUGCACUGUAUGCCUCAAUAUCCUUGUAUCCAUUUUGUUCGACUGAGGACUAGAAUAAGAACCUGAACUUGCGUCUGAGUUUCAGAUUCACAACGCUAGCUUUAAACACCGUGCUAUAGUAGAUACGUGUGUCAUUAGCAUCCAUAACACAGCUCAGUCUUCUAGGUUCAAAUGUAGAAUGGUAGACUGACAAAUAGUUCUGUGCUGCAUCGAGAAGCGUCGUAUUCGAAGUUCGAUCGUAUCGUAAAGUUUUGGCACACAACAAAGCAAAAUCUUGACUGAACAAUCGCUCCUAACUCAGAAAUUGGUGCACUCAUCAAGGCACUUGAGCAAUCAACAAAAGCCAGUGCAGUUCUUAAUCCAAUCUGACUUUGGGCAAGAAGUAGAGUACAGCCAGGACUGGUUGCCAGCCAAUUACAGGGCAUAGUUGUUACCCCCCAAAAACUAAAUACCAAAACUUAAUCUAACCCACCCCUGUGUCGAAUUAGGCUGUGACUCAUGCCAGACUGGCACUGGGUAGGAAAACAGAGCCUUAAUUAUUAGUAGUAUUAUUGUUUGGACCCUUAAUCUCCCAAAAAUGCAUGUUGCAGUUCAUUUCAUACAUUCCUAUGAGCUGUCAACAUAUAAAACAAUCAUUAAAGCAUAUUAUUAAAAAUCAGUCAUGGGCUAAAGUGGACCCGCCGUCAUAGCGUGUGCAAUGAAAACACAGUUUGGCUCAACGGCCAAGUGCUCUGGGCUUUGAGUGGCGGCUCAACCGUGCCCUCAAAGCCCCCAUAGAGGUUCAUCGGAUGCCACCGAUUUGUGUCCAAGCUCUCGCUGUCUCUCAAUGGAAUGGGACAUUCCAUUCAGCUCAUCUCCCUAAUGCCCGCUGCGCCAUUACUGACUAAUGACAGUAGAAAAUGGAAUCCCUCGGAUCUGAUAGGGACUCUUAUUAAUUCCCCUUACACUGGAAUUCAUUAUUCUGCGCCAAUAAUGAUUUCUUUCCCCCCCAAAGAUGAUGAUGAUGACACUUUUCAUUUUGUUCACUUUGCUUUGCGUACUGUAUCUGGAGACUUUCAAAGCGUUUUAUUUUAAGCAACGUUUUUUUCCAGGUCAGUUGUGUUUUUGUACAUGCCCAAAUAAUGCUUUGGUGGAACCUAUUUUUGGGUGCUUAAAAUUACACUGGAAAGCCUUUUUUUCUCGAAAUGAUUUAGAUGCAAGCAGGCUUUGGUAGAUGAUUUUAUUUUUUAUUUUUUUGCGCUAAUUCCAAAUAUGUGGCAUGGCUCAGUGGUAGAGUGGUCGUCUCCCCAACCCAGAGGUUGGAGGUUCGAUACCUGGCCAUUGCGACCUUGUCAAAGUGUCCUUGAGCAAGCUACUGAUCCGAAGCAUAUUAUAUAACACUAAAGAAGACUCGAAAUUGUCCAUAGGUGUGGAUGGCAGUGCUAACGCUUGUUUUUAACGUACCCUAUGAUUGACUGGCGACCAGUCCAGGGUGUGGCCCACUUCGAGCUCAGCCAGGAGAUCACGUACAAUCCAAAUGAGGACAAGCACCACAAAAAAAAGUUUAAAAUGGACAGAUGGACGAUACAGUACUGAGAAUGUGGUGCAAGAAGAAACCGGGUUAUAUUGUAAAAGGAAUAAAGAUUGUGAAAUCCAAAUAUCUCAGACAAUAAAUAAUAACAUCAAUAUUCACAAUCGGGCUGCUGAGAACUAUAGGCUAACUCCAUAUAUUUCUCUUUUUUUAACGUUGAGUGAAGAAAUGAACAGCAGAUGAAUAUUGGUUGAUUCAACACUUUUUGCUCUGAUUCCUCAGUGCAACACUAGGUUGACUUGCUCGUGAAUAUCUUGCUAGCAUUUCUCUUUACUUUUCCACCGCAGCAAUAUAACAACUACAUUUUCGAACUGUUGGACCAAGGGCAACGAUGAUGCAAAGUGUUUUUCCAUACAGGAGAUUUCUUAUUGCAGUGGAACUGGAAGUAGAUGCGAUUUACUUUGAGCUUCUUUGAUUAGCGUCUAUUUUUGCAUUUAUCCACUCUGCAAUUCCACAACAAACUGUGCAUACCUACCUAUAUAGUGCCUAGCAUUAUACUUUCGUCUCCACAUAAUAUAUUCUUUGUGUGUGUGGCUGUGCAAUAUUUGUCUCUUGUACUCCACAUUUCAAUGCAAUAGAAUAAGAAUAAAACACAGUGUAGUUGAGUGCA